AUUCAGUGGGGUGGACUCUUCCAGUUUCAACCUCAGUUCCUUUUGCAAGAAGAGCUCAGAACUGCCACAAGGAAACUAAUCCCAAAGAUGAGCCACCGGUGUAAAAUCUUGGUCGGCUUUCUUCUGAUUUUCAACUUUCCCAACCCAGGUUCAGUCUCUAAAGCCAUCAAGAUCGUCUGCAGUGACUUGGAUCGAGAGAUCAACCUGGACAUCCCCAAUUUUCAAAUGAGAGAUGCUAUUGAUGACAUACGAUGGGACAAAGAAGGGAUCAUGGUUGCGCAAUUCAGAAAAGGCAGGCAACCUUCCCGGCAUAAUGAAACCUACGAGAUAUUAGCAAAUGGAACUCUGAAAAUUAAACAUCUGAAGGGAUAUUAUAAUAGUACCUACAACGUAGUUGUAUAUGAUACAGAUGGAAAAAGGGUUCUGGAACAAUCAUUUGAUUUGAGGAUUCUAGAGGUGGUCUCAACACCCAAGAUCUCCUGGGAUUGUCACAGCACAAACCUGACCUGUGAGGUAAUAAAAGGAACUAACCCUGAAUUAAUUCUGUAUCAAAAUGGGAAACGGCUCACUCAAGGUCAUCUGAAGGUCAUUAGAUAUCAGUUGACCAACCUGAAUGCAGCGUUCAAGUGCACUGCAAGCAACGGAGUCAGUGAGGAGUCCACCAUGGCAGCCAUCAGCUGCUCAGGGGAAGGUCUGAACAUCUAUCUCGUCGCUGGUGUCUGUGCGGGAGGCCUCCUCCUGUUCUUUGUGGCGCUGCUCAUUUUCUAUGUCAGCAAGAGGAAAAAGCAGAACAGCAGGCGCAACGAUGAGGAGCUGGAGGUAAAAGCUCACAGAACCACCUCUGAGGACAGAAGCCCAAAGCCCAGCCAGAUCUCCACCUCACCUCCUCCAAAUCCAGCAGUUUCCCAACCUCCGCCACCACCUGGUCAUCGUGUCCAGACACCUGGUCCUCGUCCCUUGCCUCCCGGUCAUCGUGUCCAGCACCAGCCACAAAAGAGGGCUCCCCCAUCAGGCACACAGGUUCGCCAGCAGAGAGGCCCUCCCCUCCCCAGACCUCGAGUUCAACCAAAACCUCCCCGUGGAGUGGCAGAAAAUUCACCGUCCCCUUCCUCCGAUUAAAACUGUCCUUUCCAAUAAAAAGGCUCUUUGGAGUUCUCAGCUCUGGGUGUGCAGGUCCACUUUUCCAUCAAACGUUUGCAACAUGUAAGACUUUGUCGCCUCCCAGGGCUUGCAGGCCAUGGUCCUCAGCCAUGUGGUUGAAGAUCCGUGGCCUCUUCAUAGAUCUCUGUCACCAAGAAGAGAGAAACAAUGGGAGUGUGAUUGCGAGGAUGAUUCAUGACAGUGCACAAAACUCUUGGCAAUCUCGUCUCCCUCUCACAUCCCGUGCAGAUGCCAUAUGCCCGGGGGUUACUUGGGCUUGUGUCCCCUACAGGCCUCCCAUCUGCUCAAAGGACUUUCAGCUUUCUUACGUGUCCUAGUGGACACUUGCUCCCCAUCCUUGAGAAGGAGUGAAAUAACAGCUUAGCUUUGACCCUGGGGUCUGCUCACUGAAGGACACAGCUGGGUGUUACUCGGAGGAAGCUGCAGGGUGAGAAAGAGCCUCGUUGGUGUGGCAUCACCCGAGCCACCUGAAUCCCCACUAGAGUGACCAGAACAUUCUCCCCUGCCCCUCCCCAGGUCUCAGAAGCAAAGCUGGGUCCUGACAAUCUCCGUGGCGAUUUGUGAAUCAACACCUCUCAGCACAAACUUCAACGUGAGUCACCAGAAAGCUUAAGUGUUUGGGUCUCACUCUCCUGAGCCAUCACUAGUGGUCUGGAUGAUCUGUGGAGUCAUCCUUGAAAAGAGGAAUCCAGGAAUAUCCGAGGCACUGUGAGCUCAUCAGACAACACACACGAGGGCCGGCUGUGUUCAAACAAAUCCUGAGUCUCACAAAUGACCAGUAAGAAGACAGAGGCCAUCCCCAGCCGGCUGACUGCUAGCUGUACUUUGGAAGAAGUGGGGAGAUAAAGAAGAGUUUUCUGUUGCAGUUCUAAAACAAUAGGCUGCGAGGACUCCUGCUUUGAAGCGUCAGUGCCAGGCUUGUGGUGCCGUCUGCCCACCUUCUCCUGGGCUCCUCAAACCUGUUAAACCUUGUUAACUCUGGCAGGAAGCUCUGGGGGCAAACCACAAAGAUGAAGUAUAUUCAGGACUUCCUGUGAGAGCUCACUGAGAGUUGAAAUGCUUUUUUCCUCUGAAUCUGGGCAUCUAUUGUUUCAGAACCCAGAGUUAAUUAUAAAGGGCCGUGAUGAAUUAAACGCCAGAGGCUCCCGAGAGUCAAACACACAAUCCAGCUGGGUAACACUCUUUACAGCGUCUGCGGGAGGAGUAUGCCGGCCCUGGCGCUGCCUCUGUCUCAGUCUUCUUCUGUUUUGGGCGCCAGGGAUUGAACCCCUGACCCAGGAGCACUUUGCCACUAAGCUAUAUCCCUCGCCAUUUUUUUUAUUUAUUGACUUUUAAAAUUUUGAGACAGGGUCUCACGGAAGCUAAGGGUCUCACUGAGUGGCUGAGGCUGGCCUCGAACUUGCGAUCCUCCUGUUUCAGCCUCCCUAGUAGCUGGGAUUACAGGAGUACACUUCCGUACCUGGCCUGUCUCAAUCCUCAUUGCAGUCCUGAGUGAUUUAUUCCACUGGCCGUCCUGGUAGAAUAGCUCCUAUCCUUCCCUAUACAAAGCCUUCCCUGGCCUCCAGCCCUAUACCCUGCCUUUCUUCUAUAGCUACCUGGGGUGACAUGCAGUAACAGAACACAUACAGCCUGUAACUCUUCAGUCCUUCACCAUUCAUUCAUUCAACAGUUGCUGAGCUUCUUGUAUGCAUCAGGCCCCGUGCUAGGCUGCUUGAGGGACACAGAGGUAUACACUUACAUCUCUGCUUUCAGGGACGUCACAUGGAGUUGGGGGCAAGUGUAACACAGUGUGAUAAAUAAAGGUCAGAGACAAGCACAGGAGCCCAGAAAAAGCCUUUUAGUCUAGACUUUUAGUAGGACUGGGUGACGCAGAGGGCUUCCUAGAGGGGGUGACGUUUGAGUUGAGUUGUGCUAGAUUAGUGGAGCUGGUGAAGCCGAGGACAAGAUUGUCCAUGGAGAGGGAACAGCACAGGCAAGGCUUAUAUUGGCUACCUGUUCGCACAAGAAUGUUGUUCCUCCUUCAGCUACUGUGCUUCAUCCAUUUGAAGGCAUCAUUGCUUUUAAGUGGCAUAUACAUCACGCAAAGGAAAAACACUCUCGGUUCUACUAUAGCAAGUGCUAAGGAUACAAUCAAAGUUGUAGGCACAACUCUGUUACUGAGAUGUGAAAACAUGAAAAGAGUACAUUUUAGAAUGAAUGAAAUACCCAGUUCAUAAGCUUUUUGAGAACAGUGACCAUCGCUCAACUUGGCCCACAGCGCCAUAUUGAAAGUAUCCCGAGCCACCUGGCCAACGGAGAGGAAGGGAAGGGAAGGUACGGCGUCUACAGCACACACACUCCUGCCCUGCUGGAGUCUCCACUGAGAGGCAGGAAACAGGCCUGGCCUGAGCUUUGUGCUGCCACCAUUCACCUGUUUGACAUUGUACAACUGCCACUGUCCCUGACCCAGAGCGUGAGCCUUCUGACAAUUGGUUAGCCCAGCUGCAUAAGAACAGCUUGUGAAACUUGAGAAAAAAAAAACAACAACAACAACAGAUGAUUCAAGUAGGUUAGGUAGGAGACCAAGCACCUGGGGUUUUUUGAUUGUUUGUUUGUUUGUAUUAUGUGGCUCUGAGAACUCAACCUGAGCCUUGCCCCGUGGUAGCAAGUGCUCCACCACGGGGCCACACCCCGGUCCAACAUCUGUAUUUCUUUUAAAAAUCAUCUCAACAGGCAUUCAAGUUGGAGAACCGCAGGUCUACUGGCCCUCAAAUUAUUAAUUAUCAACGAUUGUUCAAAACAAUGAUUUUAUAGAGAAUGCAUUAUUAUGAGAAAAACAAACAGUUAUAGCACAUUGAACUAAUUCUUAGAAAAUCUCUAAUACAAGGAAGCCGGCCAUGUUGGGAAAAAGUAUUCACAUAAUUUAUAGGAAUGGAACAUCCUAUGGGGUCACGUGAAGAUAGAACACAUGGUUUGGGGGGCAGCCUCCCUACCAUCCCCCAAAUCGCAGUCUCCUUCUAGCUGUUGGGCCAGCUUAGCUUCAAGGGGGUCCCAGCUGUAAGCUGGUGGCUUCAUGUGAGUCCUCCUGUCCGUCUUCUGUCACUCAAUCUACGGUGUCGGGCUCCUCAGGACUCACCUGCUCACUGGACUUCUGUCACUCUAAGUGCACCAGUGUUGCCACCUCAGGGCCAUUACGCAUGCUGUUCCCACUGCCUGUUCUUUUCACCUGUCCCUUCCCCAGUCCUCUCUCUUCUCUCAAGACAGUCACAGGUCAUCUUCGGAAAGACCUUUGUUGACUCCUAAAUUCCACCACAGCGGGAUUCUUGUGAGACCUUCUUAUUCUGUGUCUCGUUCUGUGGCCCUCAAGUUCUGACCCACAGACCCUGGAGCCAAAGAGUUCUGAGUCUCUCACUGACAUUGUAAUCUCUGAAAAGUUAAUUCAGCCUCCAUGAAUACAUGGUUUCCUGGUGGAUGGAACCAGGAAAACACCUCACAGAGUUAUUCUGAAUGAAACCAACGUCUGUAAAUAUAACUAGUAUAUCCCUGUGUACAGAAUAUAUCUGAAAACUUGAUUGUUAUUUCAAGAAGGAAUGUCCUACGGACAUAAAUGUUUCAGUUAUUGGGAAAACAGAUAGCCUGUUAUAAAUUAAUAAAUAAAUACUCCCUAAAGUG